AUGGGGGAUUAUGAUCGGGAUAGAGAUUUUCCAAUCGCUCGUCAGGAAAGAUCAUAUGAUCAGGUUAUUAUCACGAACCAAAACAACAACGAGCAAUUGUACUUACAUACAAUUCAAUCAGUUCAAUUUAUCCAACAAACUGUUGUUCCUCAAUCACGAACAAUGGUGGCAUGUGUGCCACCAAUUACAACACCACAAAAAUGUAUUGAUCUACAACAACAACCUGAUAUGCUGGCAAACAUUCAUCCUAAUUUAACUUUUUCCAUGAAGACUCCUUUGACCCAAUCUAGAACAAGGAAAAAACAGUCGAUAAGGCUUACCUAUGAAUCAUUGCAAGAGGAACUCACUAAUGACAUAUGGACAUGGCGCAAAUAUGGUCAGAAGCAUAUCAAAGGUUCUCCAUUUCCGAGGAAUUACUAUAAGUGUAGCACAUCAAAACACUGCGAAGCAAAGAAACAAAUUGAGAAAAGCCCAAAGGAUGAGAACAUUUUCGUGGUAUCUUGUUCCGGUGGACACAAUCAUGAUCCACCAAUGAACCGUAGAUAUCUUGCUAGCUGCAACAAUGAUUCCAAAUUCAAGAUUUCAAAAGGCAUCAAUAGUUUGCCCAAAGCAUCAAUCUUGAAUGCAUCAUCAUCCUCGUCCAUGCGCGUUAAGCAUUCAAGAGUUGUUACUUCUCCAAUUAUCGCAACUAAGCCUCCACUUGAAAUCGGGAGCAAAAGCAAAAUUGUUGUUGCGGUCGUGCAGAACAAAGGUGAUGAUAAAGUAAAGGUGAACAUGACUGAAGAUAUUUUCAUGGGUAUUGAUCAACUCCAAAGAUCUACUACUUCCACCUAA